GGGCUGUCCUACUGUGUUUCUUAAUUUAACUUGUAACAUAUUAGAUUGCUAUUUAAGUCGACGGCGAGGAAAUAGCGUUUGAAGGCCUAACGCGAAUAAUAAUCAUAUUUGUCGAUAUUUACAGGCUCGCAGGAAAUGCGGUUGUUUAAUGUGUCAGUUGUGCUGUGCGUCCUCUCUGCAUGUCACAUGAGCAGAUCCACCUGCGACGAGCUUUUGACACCAGAAGAUGAGGAAUUCUGCAAGGGAGAGUUAAAGGUGAUCUACCCCGAUCUGGUUGUUGAUAAAUGCUUGAUCGUCCCUCAGAGGGUCAGAAAGGAGAUCAGUAAGGAAUGGGGACCGCCACAAGUGUAACUGCCAUGUGCUGAUGAGGAGAAGACAUACACACUAUUAAUGGUGGACUCAGAUGCUCCCAGUCAUGAGAAACCCUCUUGUGCCUACUGGAGACACUGGUUACUGGUUGACAUUAAGGGGAAAGCACUAAAGAAAGGACAUAUUAGAGGCACUGAACUCUCUGCGUACACUCGUCCCACACCACCUCAAGGCACUGGGCUCCACCGUUACCAGUUCCUUGUAUUCGAGCAGCCUGAAGGCCAGACCCUCUCUCUAAGCCCACAGGAGGAGAGCUCAUUGGGGAACUGGAAUCCACAGGCAUUUGUUCAGAGGUUUGGUCUGUCUGGCCCAGUGGCUUCACUCCAGUUCCUCACACAGAACCACAAGAACUAGAGGACAUCUGCCAACCUGCCAUUGAAAUUUCACUUCUGGCCUUCUUACACACUAUGGCCAAUUCAGAUGUUGUACACGAUCCACUGUAUUGCACAGAAUAAUUUAGGGAUUUAUUAAACUAAUUAUUCUGCUUUUUUUCAUGUAUAACUGUCAUUUAUAGGAAUGGGUUUUGA